UGCAUUCCGACAAAUAAAUACACGCGAUAUCGUGUAUUCUCUGUAUUAUCCGUGAUGAUGAUGUUAAUUUCUCUCUUUCUCUCCGUUUUCCGCAUUGCUCUUGAUCGGAAAGAAAUGACGAUGUCGAUGCUAGGGAAAGCGUGAUCAGUAAAAAAAUGUUGGAAGCUGGCUAUGAAUGCUGUAGCACCACGGACGCAUUACGCGAACUACUGGCCAAUAUUGACCAAAGGAUCGAGGAAAAAGAUGUGGCAGUAGCCAUAGGCUGCAUGGCACGAACGUAUACCAACAUGAGUGGCAUUGGAAACGGAUCACCAUCUGGAUCCAAUUGGAACGUGGAGAACUUCGUAACAGUUAUGAAAGAACUUGCUCCAUCAUUGGACUGGGACAAGGUUAUCGAAUGUCUGGACUAUGCACAUUUCUUCGUAUAUGAUGCACAGGGAUUGGAUAUUAUUGUGCGCGCAUGGAAGAACAGUCCAAAGGGUGGAGAAUCAUUUCCCGCUAACAAGUUUUUCGGCAAAUGGAGGAAUUUGAAAGGACAAUUGAGCGCAUUAUACCAAAUGGCCAAUGCUUCCGCGGACGUACUUAGUCUAGUGGCAUGUUCGGAGCGAAAGGUGAUCGAAUUGGACGAUUUUGCCAAUUCUGGACCUCACGUGCGUACGCAGGCAGUGCAGCUUUACAACGAGCAGCUGAACUCGUUGGAUCUCUUUGAAUGUGUUCUCGAUCUUUCUGAAACUGCCGUAGUGGAUGAUGUUAAGGUUUUCAUGGAGAUGAUGGUGAACAAGUGCCCUGAACUGGUAUUUCUAGGAUUUAUCCAAGCAAAGGCUGUGAAAACUGUGUAUCAAAAAGAUAUUCUGGGUCGUCUCCUGUUGAUCUAUUUAAACGGAAACGCAAGCAGUCCCUUGGUACUCAAGAAACUCUGGCUGGUGAACCCAGAUUUCCUCGACAAGAGCAUGCUCGAAAUGUAUGGCAGCGAUGCCACGUCACUGUCGCGUAUAUUGGAUAUUACGCAUGAACUAAAGCUACUAUCGCGUAUGCUCGAUAUCCAACCCUUCUUCUUCUCCAUAGACUUGGCUGCGCUUGCUUCCCGUCGCGAGUUUCUCAACUUGGAAAAAUGGUUGCAGGAAAAAAUCGCAGAGCACAAGGAUCUUUUUAUCCAUACGUGCCUGAGAUUCCUCACCCAAAAAUUAGCUGCUGAAGUCUCAAGACAGGAAGCAAAUAUGGCCCCGUCUACCGUACCAUUAUCUCCCGAGGUAAUCGGUGUAUUUUUAAAAGUACUAUCUGACAGUCCUAUCAGCCCUCAGAAUGCCGAGUUAUUAAAAGAGGUGCAGGCAGUCAGUCUAAAAACGUAUCCAAAAUUGAUGAACAUCCGUGGGACAUCCGACAAUGUUUCGACAGGCGCUGGAGAAAUCUCAUUCAAGCCAGAUGUAGAAGAAGAAGCCAACUCAUACUACGAACGGAUUUACAGCGGAAGCAUGUCGAUCGAUCAAAUGGUCGAACGUCUGAAAAUGUUCAGUCAGUCGAAAAACGCACGAGAGCAAGACAUAUUUGCAUGCAUGAUCCACAAUUUGUUUGACGAAUAUCACUUCUUCCCAAAGUAUCCGGAUAAAGAACUAUCGAUUACUAGCGUACUGUUUGGCGCUCUGGUACAACACCACCUCGUAUCUUUCGUCCCUCUUGGAAUCGCCUUAAGAUGUGUUUUGGACGCAAUACGAAACCCAAUCGGCUCGAAAAUGUUCAACUUUGGCGUCCAAGCGUUAUCGCAAUUUCAGUCACGGCUGCCUGAAUGGCCGCAGUAUUGCGUUCAUCUGCUACAAAUCCCCCAGUUACAACAAGCGAACCCAGAACUAGUACGGCUUGUCAGCUCUUCUUUGCAACAAGCCCAGCUUCAGCAAGGAAGUGACACACUACCACAAGAUAUACCUGGACAACCGAGUUUUCCACCUUUGAGCAGGAUGGAUGGACAACUUUCGACGCCACCGGCGCUUGCAGCAACAGCAGCAGCAGCCAGUUUACCGGUCGAUCAUUCUGCUUUUACUGCUAUACACGUUCCUGAAAUCUCCAGCUCAGAUGAUGACACUCCGUAUGAGACGCCUGCGGAAAGUAUCCAGGACAAAAUCUUGUUUAUCAUUAACAACAUCGCACGCAACAAUUUGAAAGAGAAGACGACAGAGUUGAUUAAGCUGCUCGACAAGACCGCGUAUCAAUGGUUCAGCAAUUACUUGGUGGUCAAACGAGUGAGCCUUGAACCAAAUUAUCAUGAACUCUACCUGUUGGUGAUGGAUACAGUCAACAGUAGUAUGCUGUAUCAAAACGUUUUGCGCGAAACAUAUGCCAACAUUCAAAUUCUUCUCAACUCGGAGAAGACUGUCACUUCUUCGUCCGAGCGAAGUUUAUUAAAAAACCUUGGCUCAUGGCUAGGUGGACUGACGCUUGCAAGAAACAAGCCUAUCAGACAUAAAAACAUCGCGUUCAAGGAUCUGCUAUUAGAAGGCUUUGACAGUAACCGGCUUAUUGUGGUGAUUCCAUUUGUGUGCAAGGUCUUGGAACAAUGCACCAAGAGCGUUGUAUUCAAACCGCCCAACCCGUGGUUGAUGGCUAUCCUCAAGCUGUUGGUAGAGCUUUAUCAGUUUGCCGAGCUCAAGUUGAAUCUCAGGUUUGAAAUAGAAGUGCUAUGCAAGGGUUUAUCGCUUGAACUUGGAGAUAUUGAGCCUACGUCUAUAAUGAAGAGCGGACGGAAUAAAGACCAGAUGAACAAGAAUUCACUCAUGGAAGCAUUCGGCCGCACUGCUACCGGUGCCCAACUCAAUAUGACAGGCAAAUCCCCAGAUCCAAACGCAUUGCUCCAAGCGUCUGCUUUGGAAGCUGGUACUGGUGCGGGUUUGGACGAGCAAAUGGUAUUGCCUAAUAUCGCGCCUUAUCUCGUAUUCAAUCCACAAAUCAUUCUCUAUUCGACACAGCCUGCUGCGAAACGUUGGGUAUUGCAAGCGAUCACACAAUCGAUUCGUGAAAUAAUCGAGCCUGUUGUCGAGCGCUCAGUUGCUAUUGCGGCAGUAUCUACACGAGAACUUGUCGCCAAGGACUUCGCUGUAGAGAGUGAUGAAAAUAAGAUGCGUAAUGCUGCACAUCUAAUGGGUCAAAACUUGGCUGGCAGCUUAGCUAUGGUGACGUGCAAGGAGCCAUUACGCCUGAGUAUGGCAACCAACCUUCGUGCUAUAUUUAUGGCAAACGGUUUAACUGACACUUUGGCCGAACAAGCAGUGUUAAUCACUGUAUCAGAUAACUUGGAUUUGGUUUGUGCCGUGAUUGAAAAGGUUGCCAUGGAAAAAGUCACUGAUGAGAUCGACGACCUCUUAAUGAACGCUUAUGCCAGUCGCAAAAAGCAUCGCGAGCAAGCCCCGGGCCAACCCUAUUUUGACAUGGACAUAUUUGCAAUGACACGGUACCCUUCAUCACUACCAGAGCCUUUACGGGCAAAGCCCAGUGGUCUGCAGCCAGCACAGCUUCGUGUGUACGAAGACUUUGCCCGCAUCCCGCGAGCCGUUCCGCAAGCCGGUAUGCAGACUCUUGAGAGUGAGCGCACGCCCAAGAUGUCCCGUCCAGAAGCGGCCUUUUCGUAUGGGUACAACGCUGGUGCAGGUGGACCCAUGAGCGUCAACGCAGGCUAUGACACAGCGGCGGUAGCAGCAGCAACAGCUACUCCUAUACAACAACAGCAGCAACAGGCAACGGCACACCAAAUAUUAGAGCGAUUCACACAAUACCUCGCCGAGCUGGAAAAGCUGGCCAGUCAUGCCAAUGUGUCAAGCUUCGCCGCUUUGCCACCCAUGCAUGAUAUCCGUAUGAUUAUUCGUCAAGUUCCAAUGCUGGCAUUGUCGAGCUUUGAUAAGGUUGAAGCUGCCCGUGCCUUUGCACAAAAGGUAGUCUCUGUACUGUACAAGAGCGAGACGCAGCUUGCAAGAGAGAUGUACGUUGUAGUCUUGGAACGCCUAUGCGAAGUGUCUCCCAAUGUUGGUACGCUGGUGACGUACUGGCUGACCCAUGUCGACGACGAGCGCAAAUACAAUGUGCCAGUGACCGUUGCACUGAUCAAAGCCGGCCUGAUCAAUCUUGCAGAGCAAGACCAGGAGCUUGGGUUCUUAAUCGGCAGUGGACGAACGUCAGCAAUCGAGUUUACGGCAGUACUUAUCCAUACAUGCAUUUUCGACGAACAUAUUGCUACUCCUCAGGAUUUCUUCAACUCGUUGGAAGCUCUGAGUGGGCUCCGUGGCAAGGUACCCGAGAGCGUGCUAGGUUUGAUGGGCGAUAUUCGCGAUGCCGCGCAGCAGGCAGGGCAAGAUGCCGUGCCAAAUGAAGAAGGAGGUGCCCACGACCAGCUUCAAUAUCUGUUUGCAGAAUGGGUUCGACUUUAUCAACAUCCUUCGACAACCGACAAGGCACAGAAAGCAUUUCUCACACAACUCUCACAACAAACCGUCUUAAACAGUGAAGACAUGUCAUCGCUGUUUUUCCGCGUAUGUGUCGAAAUGUCUAUCGAUCGCGUCGUCAAGUACAAGCAGAUCCCUGGCCAGACUCCUGGCGCCGCAUACCAGCUCAUCGAUGCCUUCUCUAAACUUGUGGUCGGCUUGAUUAAGCUUCCCGUCGAAAGUGCCAGCACCAGUAGUGGCAGUAAUGCCAUCAGGGUCAGCCAGUUCUCUAAAGUACUCUCUGUGAUCGUCUUGGUUUUGGCACAACACCAUGAGCAGAACAGGCGCCAGUUCAAUCAGCGACCGUUUUUGCGCUUGUUCACUUGCUUGUUGAGCGAUUUGCAUUCGUCAGAGCAGCAGCUGCAGUCAGUAUAUCUACCCGUCUUGACUGCACUUAGCAACACAUUCCAUACGCUGCAGCCAUCCUAUUUCCCUGGUUUCACGUUUGCUUGGUUGCAGUUAGUUUCACACAGACUGUUUAUGCCAAAGCUAUUAUUAACAGAAAACCAAAAGGGCUGGCCUGCGUUCCAACGAUUACUUAUCUGUCUAUUCCAAUUCCUGGUCCCAUUCUUGCGUGAUGUAGAGUUAAGGGACACCACCCGGAUGCUGUAUCGGGGCACACUGCGUAUCCUGCUAGUCCUGCUACAUGAUUUUCCAGAGUUUUUAUGCGAUUAUCACUUUAGCUUCUGCGAUGUGAUACCGUCAUCUUGCAUACAGCUGCGUAACCUUAUUCUGAGUGCGUUCCCGCGCAACAUGCGAUUGCCUGACCCAUUCACGCCGAAUCUCAAGGUUGAUUUAUUACCAGAAAUCCAGCAGCCGCCCCGGAUACUAUCGGAUUAUGUGAGUCCGUUAAUGGCGGGAAAUUUCAAGCAGGAGAUCGAUCAGUUCCUGGAAACCCACGAUGCCGGUGAUAGCAACAGCAGCACCCCCAAAGAAGCAUUCUUGGUCGGUCUUGUCAAGCAAUUGGAGCUGGGCUCGUCAUCACAACAGCAAUACCAAAGUGAAGCCUCUUCCAAAUACAAUGUUCCCAAGAUGAACGCUCUGGUGUUUUAUGUUGGAGUCACUGGUGCUACUCGAUCCAUCCCUGUACAUCAAGGCGCACCAAUGAAAGUAUACCAGUAUCUUUUGGACAAGCUUGAUCCAGAAGGUCGUUAUGUAUUCCUGAGCGCCAUUGCCAAUCAGCUGCGGUAUCCCAACAGUCAUACUCAUUACUUUAGCUGCGUAUUACUCUAUCUGUUUGCCGAGAGUGACCAGGAGCUGGUGAAGGAGCAGAUAACCCGUGUCCUUUUGGAACGUUUGAUCGUGAACCGGCCUCACCCGUGGGGGUUGUUGAUUACAUUCAUCGAGUUAAUCAAGAACCCUCGAUACAACUUUUGGAACCAUGCAUUCACACGUUGCGCAACUGAUAUCGAACGGUUGUUUGAAAGUGUCUCAAGAUCCAUUAAUCAAAUUUAGAGAGAUGAUGAUGUACUAUAGUUCUUCACACACAAAAAGAGUAAUAUCUCGUGUAUAAAAAACAAAGCAAAACUCUAAUAAAAGAGCACACAUCCCAUUACCCAAAAACACACGUCGUUGAUGUCAUUACCUUAUCAUUGUUGUCCAGAUAAUCAUUCAUUAAUAAUGGUGAGAAGGGGGACUGCAAGGAAG